AUGGCGAAAUGUAAGAAGCAAACGUUGUUUUCAUGGCAGCAGAAAGAAGGACACGCAUAUUGUGCCAGGUACGGAAGAGCUUGUGUGACGCUGGAGCGGAGUAGUCCUGGGGAUCUGCCGUCGCACAAGAUAAGCCACGGCGAUAUUGUCGGGAUCUUCGAUCAGGGCAGCCGUCCCCUUUCGAAGGCGGUGCCCUUGGCAUCGGCUGUAGCCACGCGGAUACGGCCUGGAACCAUUCAGCUGGCAUUUGAUACAGAUGUGCCAGUUGAAGUGCUUGACGGGCGCACCUUGAACCUGGCCCUGGUGUCCUCAGAUGUCACUUUGAAGCGCUACAAAGAGGCGUUGGAUAUGCUCAAAGGCGGUGCUCGCAACAGUCCGGCUUCAGCACUCGUAGGGGUCUGCUUCGGCGACUCGAAGCCGCGCUUCUACGAGGCGAAGUCCGAGUCCUGCGCUCGUGCAGAUGCCAUCGACUGCACCUUCCUGGCCAAUGCUACCAACCAGUUGAACGAACCGCAGCAGGCUGCAGUGGUGAAGGCCUUGCGUGCAGCUGACGCUGCCGUCAUCCAUGGGCCGCCAGGAACAGGCAAAACCACCACCCUGGUGUCGUACAUCCUGGAGGCCGUCUACCGUAAGCAGCGCCUAUUGGUGACGGCGCCUUCCAAUGUGGCGGUGGACAACCUCCUGGAGCGCCUUGCGGAUGCGGGAUGCAGGUCUCUGGUCCGUGCCUGGCAGCAGGAGAACAUCCAGCAUUUCACCAUGGACAACGUCGUCUACGCCUCAGACCAAGCGGAGUUGUGCCGGGACAUCAAGAAGGAUCCGGCGCAGGGGUGCUUCAACAUGGUGGAAUUGAUUUCUUAA